AUGCAACGACCUUUCCACCCCAUGAUCCUCGACGACGAGGACCUCUCUAUGCCUAUUGACCAAGAAGCCUUCCAUGAGCCGUACUUCACCUACGAUGGCCUUUCGACCGACAAGCCGUUAUUUGACCACGCGCAGUUCGCGCUCUUCAGUUUGACCAACUCCUGUGCGUACAGACCACCCACUUAUCCGGAAGAGGAGCGACCAACAAUAGCACCAUCUCAAAUCAUGUGGAACCCAACCUUCGGCCUCGCAAGCACAGAACCUUGCUAUGGGGCUCCUGCCUACAGCACCAGCGAAGGCCGCCCAACAACGACAUCCGCACAACAGCACCAACAAACAAAACUACCACCGUUCGGCCCUCCAGGCCCGAUCCAUUCACUGAGGUUCUCAUCACCAGCCUCCGCCGCUGCUGCACUCUCCGCUCUUGACUACCCGCCUAGGACGCGAGCCAUUUCCCGGACCCCUUCACUCUGCGGCGAUGGGCCCAGUCUGCUGAUAAAACCGGAGCCUUCGUCUCCGCAAUCCCCUCAACUAUCACCCUCACCAGGCUUCUUCCCCUCCAAAUCACAACAAAUGACAACCCCAUCACACUGCCUAUCCUCCUCCCUCCCUACAAUGCCAACUCCAACAACAAGGAUACCUUCCUCGUCGCUCUCGUCCCCAUCCCUAAAACCCGUGCACCGCACCCGCGGCCGUCCCCGCACAUCCUCCAUGCCCCAGCACUCCACCACGAAAACCAAAUCCCUGACCUCUCCCACCGGCUCCCCCGGCGCGAUCACCAAAACGCCCAGCACCCACAAGGACGUCGAGCGCAAGUACCGCCGGGGCAUCAACAACGACCUCGAGCGUCUGCGUCGGGCUAUUCCCUCGCUCAGGUCCCUGGAGUCUCCGGAGUCGUCUGAUGCUAAGGAGGUGCUGCAGGGGCAACAGGUGCCGACGGUGGCGAUGGCGAAGCCGACCAAGAGCCAGGUUUUGGCGGCGGCCGUCGAGUAUAUUCGACGGUUGGAGGGGGAGAGGAACGGGUUGAGGAGGGAGGUUGCACUGUUGAGCGCGGGUGCAGCUGCUGUGGUUGGGGUGUGA